UCACGGAAGCUAAUCUUCCUCACCCAAAUAAGGCUUAAAUCUGGAACGUUAAAAGUGGGAUCCUGAGAGGCAUUUGUGUGAGAUGUUGAUCAGGAUGGCUCUCCUCUCCCUCUCCCACAUCGUCCUCCACCACCACCAACUCCGCACUCUUCUCGCCGGUGAUAUCCAUGGCGAUUCCCUCUAAAUUGCUAGGAUGGAUUGUCUCAUCACGUGGGAUUUCUCUUAUGGCCAAAAGGUGGCCGCACAGUUGCCAUGGCUUUGUGUUCUUGCCUGGGCGGAAACAUCAAGAAAUUUGAUGUGCAGUUAUUGAGUGAUAAGAGAUUCAGAUUCUCGGUCGCAUCAAACCAUGUGGGACAUUUCAUUCAUUCUCUUAAGGGCUUCUCAGUACUGGAUUUCCGUGGUCGCCCGCUGGUGGAUUCCCCGGUGUCUGAUGGUGAUCCUAUUUGGAGCUCUGCUCGCACUAGGCUUCAUGGCACACCAAAAUACCUUCGUGAUAUUCUGUCAGUAAUCUCUAAUGGUGUGCAUGGUCAUCAACGUUCUGCUAUUGCGGCUUGUUCAUCUUCUCAGUCAUUUAAAGUUAAAGAUUCGAUUAACGGGGCUACUGAGUACUGGCUUAAUUCUCUUAGUGGAUCACAAGCUGCAGUGACCACAACCCCAGUGCAUUCUCUUGAUUGCAGAGACUCUGUUUCUGCCUCACCUUCUCAUGUUGUGCUCAGAAAUUCAGUGUCUAAAGUUCGAGGUCAGUUGAUUCAGGCCUCUAUAGACAUGUGCGUUCCUGCCAAUGUUACUGCUCCACCUUCCGUUAAAAUUGGGCAAUUUGAAUUUCACCAAUCGGCAACUUUCAAUGCGUUAGAGCCGCCGCCGUUCCAGCCGAGGAAGUUCUUUUCAGGUUGACCUGUUCAACUUAUGCCAUACAUGCAGAGUAUUCAGUUGGAUGAGUUCCAUGAACUCGUUCGGUCGGGAUACAUAAAAUUGGAUAUCAUGUUUGUGAUUAACCAUUACAAGUUUGCCUGUAUGUCUUGCCUCGGUAUGGGCCAUUGUUUCAGUAAUUGUCAUAUUGGGCCAAGAUGUCUCUCUUGCUUUGAGCUUGGUCAUAUACCUGCUUCUUGUUACGAUCGUCGAUUCUCUAGUCAACAGAAUAUAUCUCCGCGGAAUAAUUACGUCUUCAAGAGAAACAAUUGUAACAAUUUAAUCUGGUUCCCAAACAUCAGUCUUUCUGCCCGAGGUGUCUGCAAUUGGGCCAUUCUUACCUGGGAUGUAGGCAAACCCCGCGAUGUCAAUUCUGUUCGGCUUAUGGGCAUUCUGUUGUUGGCUAUUGGCGGGUGAGAUUUUCUGGGAAAUUUGUUUGGCAGUAGAAAAGUAACUCCAUUGAUAUCCCGCAUCCUCUGGAUACUUACUCUUCCUCCCCAUCUGCCGCCCUCGUAGUUGCCAUCCUUGGUGCUUCUCCGUCCCGUGCUAUAUCAAUGGCGAGCUUCACAUGCAACCCCUUCGCCUUCCUUCCGCCGGGCUUCUCCAUCGAGCAAGGCCCCUCUGAUCACAAGGUGAGGGCAGACAUGGCUCUCAGCGCGACUCCACCACUCUGCCAUGAUGACUAUGCCAUUUCUGAGUCCAACAGGCCUAUUCCAAUUCAUCUCCGUCAGGUCGCCAGACAGGAAAUUGUAAGGCUUCCGAACCAUUUCAGGUUUUUUGUUAGAGAUGCGCAAGAUUCUGCUUUUGGUCUUGGAUUGUAUUGCUUCCGCAAUGGUUUGAUUAGGGAUGUUGUAGUUGGGAAAAGUUACUUGCUUGGUGAGGACAAUGAGGUUACUUUUGUUAAGCAUGAUGAAGGUCUGAACAUGCGCAUGCCUUCAUUGGGUAGGCAGAUUUGGUUUCUGAUGCUUGCUUUCCCUCAAGACUAUCAAAAAAAAUUCGGGAUUGAUAAGGCAGUUUCUCAAUUUGGAAAAUUAAUUCAGUGGUUCACACCUCAGGAUCCAGUCUCUAGUGUACUUGUCAAAUCUUGGAUCAUGAGUCUGUCACUUGUGCCUAGUAGUUUUGUGAUGCGGCAAAUGGGUGGUCAGCGUAGAUCUUGGACGGUGCCAGUUUACUAAUUGCAUUCCGAAGAGUCGAAUGCUCAUACUCAUGAUGUUCCUCUGGCGGGGGAGGACCCCCCUCUGGCCGAUGGCAGUGAACCUCAUCCCUUUUAUGGACCCCAUAUGACAGCUGAGCAAGCCUUCCAAGCGAGGCUACAGGUUUGGCUACAGAACAAUGGUGCCUUCGGCCCCAUAGAUGGUGGGAAUCAGGAUGAAGAUGAGCCAGUGACCCCUGAUCAGCAGCAGGUUCCUCUGUUCAUUCUUCCUACUAAAGGUCAAGUUAAUUAUCGGGCUAUUUUAAGGCAGCAGGGAGUCUCUUUCGCUGAUGGAGUUGUUCCCUCUGAUAAUGUUUCUGACAGUCCUCUUUCAGCUUGGAAUGAUAAUGUAAGUGAGGGUAGCUCUGAAUCUUCGGAGGACUUUGGUCAGUUGAUUUUAGUUCCAGCACCAGUCUCAUUGUCAAUUAGUCUGUCCGACACUGCUGGAUCUCAUGUAGCUACCACUUUUACUAUCAAUGAUGCCAAUGUGCCUGAUUUGUUUUGCCUUGCUCGCUCUGUUAUUUUUGCCCUGCAGCAACCAUACAUUCACCAUGACUCUGUUUUGCUCCAGACCCCACCGCUGCCUUUGCACUUGAUUACAUGGAACUCUCAGUCUGAAGGUGAUGCAAACACCUCGAUCUUGUUGGCUCCUGUUCGUAAAGUGGCCAGGAAACUGUGGUUUGAGGACACUCCUACUUCCUCAAAUUUUCUGUUUUUGGUGGAGGAUGCUGAACCUUUUGCACAUAUCCCAUCCUCGGUGGUAAUUUCUGAUAUCUCUGAUGAUGAUUUUGUGGCUCAGGCUGAAGACAACCCUCUGGACCAUGCCUUGGUUCCGUCUGCUCCUCUUGUUGAACACCAAGUUUCUCCAUCUCGUAAAAGGGGCCGUAGGGCCCAGUCUGUUACUCCACUAAGCACUGCUGAUGUUCGUCGCAGUCCUCGCAGUAAUAAGUAUAUGGGUUUUAAAGUGGACCAGCCGUCUGAUUCUCGUGGCCAUAAAUCUCUGAUCAAGCCUCGUGUCACUAAUGCCGUUGAAGAUCCUGCUCCAAAUUCCAGCUCUAAUGAUGCCAGCUCUAGAUCAGCGCCACCACCUCCAACAACCAUCAGGUACAUUCAGCAGCUGGGCUCUAGGUUCUGUGGCAUCCCCCAUGAGGAGCUUGCAGAAGAUCGUCUGCUGGCUGUUGGAAACAUCUCCUCCGAUGAAAAUGAUGUUGGCCAGUAAGUUUAUUGCCGGGUCUCCAAUAAAUCCUAGUCAGGCGCAUUUGAUUAGUUUUAUACCUUUCAACUAUCGUUGUUUUAGUUCAGUUCAGCGCCUAGACCCAUCAUUUUUUUAUUAGUUUGAUGAAUUCUCAACUUCGUUCUUGGAACUUGUUAUGUUGGAAUAUUCGUGGCAUUAGUUCAGAUGUUAAACAUGAUUCUUUGCGUUCCACUAUUGAUAAUUCCGGCUGCUCCAUUAUCUGCAUUCAAGAAACAAAGCAUGAACAUUUCGACCAUUCAUACAUUCGUAAAUUUUGUCCGUAGCGUUUCGAUAAGUUCGCUUACGUUCCUUCGAUUAGUAACUUGGGGGGUCUGAUUGUGAUCUGGAAUAGCACCAUAUUUUCUGCCACCACUAUUGAAAGUCACCAAUGGGCUCAGGUUCUUAGCUUUAAAUCAACGCUUUCGUCUGAUAUUUGGACAGUGGUUAACAUAUAUGGUCCGUGUGAAGGAAUUGAACGCGACAACUUCAUUAGCUGGCUUUACGAUCUUGAUAUUGGCGACGAUGAUAAUUGGCUACUAGUUGGUGAUUUUAAUUUCAUUCGUUCGUCAGAAAACCGUAAUCGUCCGGGAGGUAGCAUCAACUAUGUGAUCACUUUCAAUGAUAUUAUUCUGUCUCAGUGCCUUGUUGACUUGCCGCUAAAGUGAGCGGCUUUCACUUGGAGUAAUAUGCAGCCGGACCCGUUAUUAGAAAAAAUAGACUGGUUUUUUUACCUCCAAUCAUUGACAACGUCGUAUCCGAAUACAUCAGUGAAAGCUCUCCCCAGGCCAGUUUCAGACCACAUACCUUGUCUUGUCUCGGUUCAAUCUUCCAUUCCACGCUCCAAGGUAUUUCGUUUUGAAAACUAUUGGCCUUUACACCCAGGUUUUAUGGACACUGUUAAAUCUUCUUGGCAACUCCCUGUACAUUCCUCUGAUGCUGCGUUAGCUCUUAGUGCUAAGUUAAAAAAAUUGAGAUGGGUCCUUAAAAGAUGGAGCAAAGGUCUCUCUAAGCUCUCAUUGCUUAUGAAUAAUUGUCAUUCUGUUCUUGCUCUUUUGGAUAAUUUAGAGGAGAGCCGACCUCUAGUCAUUCAGGAAUGGAACUUUCGGAAAAUUUUAAAAUCACAAAUAAUUCGUUUACAGUCCUAGAAGCAGAAAUUUUGGCGUAAACGUUGCACCAUCAGAUACAUAUGGGCUGGUGACGAAAAUACUAAAAUUUUCCAACGGAUGGCUACUGAACGACACAGACAUAAUUCUAUUGCCUCUCUUUCCCUCCUAGAUGGUUCUCUUAUUGAUGAUCAUGAAUCUAAGGCUCAAGUUCUAUUCCAAGCAUUUAGAGCAAGACUCGGGGUAUCUGUUGACCAUGAAAUGAAAUUCAAUUUGGACAGUCUUGUCCAAUCUGUAAGCAAUCUUGGGGGUCUAUCUGAACCGUUCACCAAAAAAGAGAUUGAUGACGUGGUUGCUAAAAUGCUGAUUGAUAGGGCUCCGGGUCCAGACGGAUUCAAUGGCUGUUUCUUAGAAACAUGUUGGGAUCUAAUUGCGCCAGAUUUAUAUAAACUUUGUAAUAGUUUCUGGGCGGGCUCUAUCUCUCUGGAUUGUUUGAAUGCCUUGUUGAUCACACUUAUUCCAAAGAAGCUGAACCCCACUUCAGUAAAUGAUUAUCGUCCCAUAUCCCUGCUAAACUGUUGCCUGAAACUUAUUACAAAACAUCUUGUUGACCGUCUGCAAAAAGUUAUUAUGUCUUUGUUACAUACAAACCAAUAUGGAAUUAUUAAAGGGCGUACAAUUAACGACUGUCUCGCAUGGGCCUUGGAGUACAUUUUUCAGUGUGAGAAAUCUGGUAAUGAAGUGAUAAUUCUCAAGUUAGAUUUUGAAAAAGCGUUUGAUUUGAUUGAACAUGAUGUCAGCCUACUGAUGUUGGAAAAGCUGGGAUUUGACUUAAAAUGGAGGCACUGGAUAAAUUCUAUUCUUACUUCUGGACAUUCUUCGGUUCUCUUAAAUGGUACCCCUGGAAAGAGUUUUCAUUACAAGCGUGGUGUACGUCAAGGGGACCCUCUGUCGCCGCUUUUAUUCACCCUAGCUGUGGAUUUGCUGUAGUACAUAAUUAAUAUCGAGUUUGCUGAAGGUAUAUUGCAGCUUCCGAUUGCUCUAUCUGGUACGUAUCCUAUUGUGCAAUACGCGGAUGAUACUAUCAUAAUUAUGCCAGCUUGUCCGAUUCAACUUGUGAACCUUAAAGGUGUUCUGAAUGAUUUUGCCAUCUCAACCGGGCUUCGGAUCAACUUCCAAAAGUCAAAUCUAAUUCCUAUUAAUAUUUCUGCUCAGAAGGCUUCAGAUCUCGCUAAUGUCUUUGGUUGUACAGUGGGCUCUCUUCCAUUUACUUAUCUUGGAUUACCUCUCGGUACCACUAAACCUACCAUGACUGAGUUUAUGCCCUUAAUUGAUCGGGUGGAGCGUCGCAUCUCUAAUACCACGGCACUUAUGUGUCAUGGUUAGAAAAUUACACUGAUAAAUUCGCUCGUAUCCUCCAUGAUCACAUUUGCGUCUUGUACUUUGGAGCUGCCAGUCAAAUUCCUUGAUACCUUUGACAAGAUACGGCGAAGAUGUUUAUGGGAAAAGAAAUCUGAACAUGGUCAAUCUUGUAACUCUUUAGUGGCUUGGAAAAGAGUGUGUUGUCCCAAAGAUAAGGGAGGUCUCAGAGUGAUCAACACUAAAGUUCAUAAUCAAGCACACCUCCUGAAAUUCUUGGAUAAAUUUUACAAUCAUGCAGAUCUCCAAUGGGUUAAAUUACUUUGGGAGUCAUACUAUACUGGUACUGUCCCUCAUGCUGUCCCUAAGUGCGGUUCAUUUUGGUGGCGGUCUAUGGUUAAACUUAUUCCUAUCUACAGAGGAUUCACCAAAUGUGAGGUACGGAAUGGCUUAAAUGUAUCCAUGUGGCAUGAUAAUUGGAAUGGUCUAGUGCUCUCUGAAAACUAUGCCUGCUUGUAUUCAUAUUCCAAGGUUGAAGAUAUCUCAGUUCACACGUACUAUGAGACUAAUGAUUUGAAUAUGAUAUUUCAUUUACCUCUAUCUCCCGAGGCUCUCAAUGAGUUACACUCCAUAGAUAGUCUAAAACCGCCACAAAUUCUUGAGACUGAAAGUACUGAUCAAUGGUCAUACCCAUGGGGACCAGUUUAUUCGGCCAAAAAAUCUACACUCACUGUCAUAGACAAAUCACCUGUCCGGAGCCUUUAAAAUGGAUAUGGAAAUCAAAGCUCCAAAUGAAACUAAAGGUGUUCAUGUUUUCUGUUAGCUGAUAGACUAAACACAAGGAACAUGCUGAAAA